AUGCUUCGGCCCCUUUCCCCUGUUAGUUACCGUUCCUAUAAGCUCAGACCACCAAAACGGUCUCCCUUGCAGGCAUGCCGAGUAGUGGGGGCUGAGGAGGUUUCAGCUCCCCCCCCCCAAAAAAAAAUAAUUCAAGGAGUCUUCAGCCCCCCAAAACCCUGUGGUCUUCUCUGCCUCCUUGCUCAAUAUUGCGUGGAUAGGAGGCUGAGCGUGGAGCCUGGGGGCUGCACUCUGCCUCUUCCUGCCCAAUGCUGUGUGGGGAGAAGGCAGCCAUUUGAGCGCUGGCAUCACACCAGUGUGUCCCAGCCCGGCACGCUAUUUGGGAGCAGAUGCAUCAUGUGA